UCUCCGGGAGAGAGAAUGGGAGAGGAAACCGAAAUGUGUUAAUAGGAGACUAAACAAAUUGGAUCGGGCGUAUGUAUAUUUUAUCUUUGUAGUAAAAAAAGUACGACACUAUUCACCACCAGGAACGUUGGAUAUUUACAUUUAUUAUUGUUAUAAAAUAUUUGUCGGCUGUUUUGUUACAUCGAGGAGCUCGUCGUUUGGGUACAAGUUAACAUCUUUGGGCAUUUGAGCUGUCUGAAAGAGGGCAACACUAUACCAAAGCAGAUAUGGAGCAGGUUUCAGAUGAUGAGCUGGACCAUGCUGCCGAAGAAGACAGCGAUAAGGAGGACCAGGAUCUAGACAAGAUGUUUGGUGCCUGGUUGGGAGAACUGGACAAGCUCACACAGAGUUUGGAUGAUGGGCGUCCUGAGAAAGUACAAAAAGCUCCUCUCAGACAAGAAACAAACCUUGCCAAUUUCUCCUAUCGUUUCUCUAUGUACAACAUCAAUGAAGCCAUUAAUCAGGGUGAGACGGUGGACCUGGAUGCUCUCAUGGCUGACCUGUGCUCAAUAGAGCAAGAACUUAGCACCAUCGGCAAACCCAUAAGCAAGACCUUAGAUGGCAAAUCCAAACAAAGGCCCACCGGACGCUCAGCCAGCACGAAACACAGCGGAGGGGGCAGCAGUGGUGGAAGCACCAGCAGCAGCACCCGAGCCUCACCCGCCUCCACUGUUCGGGGUGGUAACAGUCAAUCUCGACCCCUGGCCUCCAACUUCUCCCUGGAUGACAUCACUGCUCAGCUGGAAAAGGCAUCCUUGAGCAUGGAUGAAGCAGCGAGACAGACUUCUGAGUCUUCCUCCUCAUCAUAUUCAUCUGCUAAUCCACCUUCUAACUCACAUCAUCGGCGAACAGGGUCAGUCGGGACAGUCAGCGACCAGGAAGUGCGUUCCAUCGGUCAUUCGUCCAGGUCAAGCGUCAACUCUGCCUCUGCAUCUAGCAUGGACUCGCUGGAUAUUCGAGGACAGGAGAACGAGACUCAGUCACAGAACCAAAGCCAGACUAGCACAGAGCAUGUGUUACUGCGCAGAGCCAAUGGUAAAACUACCAGACGGCAUCUUGACUUUACCUCACAGGAGGGGGAGGUGGAUCAAAGUACUCACUCGUAUCUGGACAGGGAGACCUCUCUGAUUCUGAAAAACAUUGCAGGAAAACCCUCUCACCUGCUGACCAAGGAGGAACAGGCUGCCAAAGCCAAGGCUGAGAAAAUCCGUGUGGCGCUAGAGAAAAUUAAAGAAGCCCAGGUGAAAAAGCUGGUGAUACGUGUACACAUGUCAGAUGAGAGCUCAAAGACCAUGAUGGUGGAUGAGAGGCAGACAGUCAGGCAGGUGCUGGACAGUCUGCUGGAUAAAUCUCAUUGCGGUUACAGUCCUGAUUGGGCUCUGGUGGAGACCAUCCCUGAGCUACAGAUGGAGAGAAUUUUUGAAGAUCACGAGAACCUUGUAGAGAACUUGCUCAACUGGACCAGAGACAGUCAGAACAAACUCAUGUUCAUUGAGCGGAUUGAAAAGUAUGCACUUUUCAAAAACCCCCAGAAUUACUUACUUGGGAGGAAGGAGACUUCUGAGAUGGCAGACAGAAACAAGGAGGCACUGCUAGAGGAAUGUUUUUGUGGCAGCUCUGUGUCAGUUCCAGAAAUCGAAGGAGUGUUGUGGUUGAAGGAAGAUGGUAAAAAGUCUUGGAAGAAGCGCUACUUUCUGCUAAGGGCAUCUGGCAUCUAUUUUGUGCCAAAAGGCAAAGCCAAGGCCUCCAGGGAUUUGGUGUGCUUCCUGCAGUUGGACCAUGUUAAUGUGUAUUAUGGUCAGGACUACAGAAGCAAGUACAAGGCCCCCACUGACUACUGCCUGGCCCUCAAGCACCCUCAGAUCCAGAAAAAGUCACAGUACAUCAAAUAUCUAUGCUGUGAUGAUGUCAGAACUUUACACCAGUGGGUCAAUGGCAUCCGUAUUGCUAAGUAUGGGAAGCAAUUGUAUGUGAACUACCAGGAAGCUAUGAAGCGAACAGAGGCUGCCUAUGACUGGUCUUCUCUCUCCAGCACCAGCAUCAAGUCAGGAACAAGCUCAGUCAGUAUACCUGAGUCACAGUCAAACCAUUCUAGCCAGACAGACAGUGGUAUGUCAGAUGGUACUUCGUCCUCUCAUGCCCGCUCCCAGAGUGUGGUCAGUUCAAUCUUUUCUGAGGCCUGGAAGAGAGGAACUCAAAUAGAGGAGAGCACUAAGGCAAGGCCAGAAUCAAUCCGUUCUACUCAUUCAAGCCAUAGCAGUCAUUCUUCUCAUCACGUAUCUCAACAGCAACAGCUACACACACAACAGCCACAUGUGCAUUCAAUUCUACAAUCACGUGGAAGUGUCACCCAGGCUCAGACACAGGCACCAACACAAACACUGGCACAAGCACCACCCCAAGCAGCUCCAGCUCCACCACCACCUCCUCCACCUCCUCCUCCACCACCUCCUCCUCCUAUUUCCAGUAUCCCCCACCAUGCAACUCCUACCAUGUUUGCAAAAUACAGCACUAUCACUCGGCUGCAAAAUGCCUCUCAGGCUACAAGUCACCACAAGCCUCAGCCUCAAAUUCAGCAGCAAGUCCCACCAGUACCACCACCCUCCAAACCACAGUCAAACAAUAUUCCGUCAGGUGCUAACAUCCCACCCCCUCCUCCUCCACCUCCACCUGCCUCAAUGCCUCCACCUGGUUCAGCCAUGGCUGUUUUGAAGCUCGGCCCUCCAGCUGCACCAGUAAUUCCACAGCCCUCCCCUUCUCCCCCCUCACCUCCUCCACCACCACCUCCUCCUCCCAUAAUGCCAGUGCAGUCACAGCCUCUACCACCUCCUCCACCCAUAAUGCCCAUGCAGUCACAGCCUCUACCACCUCCUCCACCCAUAACACCCAUGCAAUUACACACUCUAACACCUCCUCCACCCAUAACACCCAUGCCGUCACACACUCUACCACCUCCUCCACCCAUAACACCCAUGCAAUUACACACUCUAACACCUCUUCCACCCAUAACACCCAUGCAAUCACACACUCUACCACCACCUCUACCCAUAACACUCAUGCAGUCACACAAUCUACCACCUCCUCCACAAAUCAUGCCCAUGCAAUCACAUCCUCUUCCACCUCCUCCACCUAUAGUGCAAAUCCAGUCACAGCCCAUGCCACAACCUCCUCCCUCAGUGUCAUUCCAAUCACAGCCUUUACCACCUCCUCCACCCCCUCUCCAAGCUAAUGGCCUUCCCCCUCCUCCACCUUUAAUCACUAAUGGGCUUAAGCAGGCUUUUGCCCAUAAAUUUCCCAUCACACCACAGGAUGUAUUACCCCAAGCUAAUCAAAACAAUUUUCCUCCACCUCCCCCACCACCACCACCACCACCUCCACCACUUGCACCUAAACUCCCUCCUUACCAGCAUGUUACUUCAACUAUAAAUCCACCCCCACCACCACCGCCUCCUCCUCCACCAGCCCCCAUACAUCUACCAAAUCAACCUGCAGUUUUACCCAAAUUUUUUACUGGUGGAUUUCCACCUCAGAAAGCACCCAAACCUCCAGCUCCAGCACUUCAACCUCCACCUCCACCACCGCCUCCUCCUCCACCUCCUCCUCCACCGCCUGCACCAUUGAAGAAUCAGCCUCCACCUACACUGCCCAAGCAGCACAACAUCUCCAAGACACUGCCCUUCUCCAGCCAAACUUCAUCAGUACCAUCUAUGGUUAAGCAGCUUGCUAGUCAAUUUCCUGUUGCAUCUCCUGCACUAACCAAUCAAGCAGAUAGUCACAAAGCUCCCCAGUCUCCACCUGCAGUGAAGGUUAAGCCAAAAUGGCAGCCUGUAGGUCAAGGCCAGCAGCAACAGAGGUCACCUGAAUUUCCACCACCUCCACCAGACAAUGCCCUUGGCUUUACUUCACCACCACCUCCACCACCACCACCUCCUCCUCUUCCUCCUACAGGUCCUACUCCUCCUCCUCCUCCCCCUCCUCCUCCUCUGAUGUCAGGCUCCCCUAUCAAAAAGUCCCCCUCUGGCUCAUCUGCAGGUGUUAAGAAGCCACCGCCAACUCCUCAGCGCAACUCCAGUGUGAAGUAUGAUGCCUCAACGGAAUACCAGGAGUCCCGAAGGAACUUGGUGAGCAAGUUUAACCCAAGUUCUGCUUCAUCAACAACAUCAACCUCCAGCUGUUCACCCUCCAAAGAGCUCUCUACGGGCCCUCAAGCACCCCCCAAACCAGGGAAGCUCAAUCUGGCAAAUCUUCCUUUGGCUUUGCAGAACAAAUUUAAUCAGAACCGCCAGUCAGCGGCAGACUUUCCAUCUCCUCCACCCCCAGAAAAUGAUUUCUUCCCUCCUCCCCCAAUGGAGUCCGACCUUCCCGCACCACCACCUCUUCCAGGGGAUCUAAAUGGUGUGUCUCCCAAAGUGGCCGUAGUCAAUCCUCAGCCCCAGCCUGCUUGGAGCAAAAGUUCUCUAAAGAAGACACAACCUCCAGCAUCACUUCGCUGUAAUAACACUUUUAGAGAGUCUCCACCACUCUCACCACCUUCCAUACAUGAGGGCCCAAUUUCCCAUUCUCCCAAAGGCACCACACAGCCAAACUUUUUGGAGGACCUUAACAAAACACUGAAACGCAAGUCUUCAAGAGUCUCGGGAGACAAAGUGGACCCUGUGGCCACAAUGGAUGACAUGGCUUUGCCACCACCUCCCCCUGAGCUUCUGCAGGACCAGCAGAGACUCAGUGGCAGUGGUUUCAUGUCCGGGAACAUCUCAGGCUAUGCAACACUACGGCGAGGGCCUCCUCCUGCCCCACCCAAGCGGGACCACAGUACCAAACUUACAAACUAAGAUAAUUGUAUCUUUUCUUGAACACUCUUGCUUGCUAAUUUCUUGUGUAUCUCAUAGAGUUGUAGAGAAGAAGCCAUCUUUUUUUUGCUAUGCUCAAUGCUCAUUCUGUACAAAAGCCUCAAAAAAUGUCAGCUUUACCGUGGCUUUGUGACAGUGCAUCAGUUCCGAUUCCAAACAACCAAGUGAUUACAUUUCAACAUAUUGGUACUGCAUGGAAGACAAAACUGCAUAAAAAAGAAUCUCAUUGAUUUUCGGGAAGAUGAAUGCUUUGAACUUUGGAUGGAUUUUUUUAUUUGAAUUUUUAUAUUAUUUUUUAUAUUAUCAAUUAUUUAAUAAUCUGAAGAGAUUUUGUUAUUUUAGACUGAAGUUUUUUUUAAAUUGUUGAAUGAUUGUUUGAGGCGUAUUACCAUGGGUAGGUCAAUGUAAACAGCGAGUUUGCUUGGUUUAUUAGCUCUGCACGACUUCCACAUUUAUGUGGCAGAUCCAGUGCUUAGGUGAUGCGUCUAGCAUGUACCAUGAUCACUAUUAUUCUCUGAGCCACUUUAAGUGAGUUUAAGUUGUAAUUGUCAAAACUGUAAAAUGAAGGAGACGUUGUUCAGGGAGUUGUGUCAUUGUCUAGUUCUGAGACUGUGGAAUGUUUGCUUUUUUGACUAGACUUGUUUCAAUUGUAGAUAUUCUCAUUUGCUGCAGUAUCUUUGUCUAGGUGAAACAAAUGACUGCCUUGCUGUUCUUUAUUGGUCCUCACUUCCGCUGGUGAGCAUUCAACCUGACUUAGAAAUUGUUGACUUUUAAGUCACGACUGAAUGACACAAUCAUUAUUCACAUAGAUAUCUUAUAUCCUGUAUUAUAACCAUGUAUUAUUGGCUCAUGAAUACAGCCAUGCCUUAAAAAGAUCUAAAACAUGCUUAUCAAACAACCGAUCAAAAUAUUGUUGCCUUACAUGAUAGAGGCCAUUACAAAAAAAAGUGUCAUUUUCCUGUAUGUUUUACCUGGUUUUCCCUGUUCAGACAUGCCAUGCAACUGACAUAGAUCUCACAGUGAGCACCAAUGUGUAAUGGCUCUACAAGAGCAACUUUGCAUAUGUACAAACAAGUAUGCAUAAUCAUUCAUGUCCACAUUUAAUUUUGAAGGAUUUGUUUAUUGAAUGUAUUUACAAUAUCAUGAAACAUGAGAAGUAACAAACUGAAGGUAAUAUUAAAUUAUUAAAGUAUCCGGUCUUGAUCCAUGGAAUGUCUAUGAACAUCAUGCUCUACAUAUCUCUUUGCAAAAUGUGUAAUUUAAAAUGAAAUUAUACAUGUUGAUAUCA